AUUAUACCCAUUUUGUUAAAACCCUUUUAUUUUAACAAAACCAUUCUAAAAAACAAAAUCUUAUCAUUCAACAAAUUAAACUUGCAGCCGACACCGAACUCACGUUAAUUCGCCAGGUUAACUCAUGAAUGCCAGUCAUUUGAUCAUAUAGUAGCCCCAUGCUAAUUUGGCACGGAGGUUGCUGACUUCAGGAAAUGUUUGAAGGUUUAGUAAGGCAGCUGAUAUUAGGUUAUCUUGGCCAAUAUAUUAAAGAUAUACACAGAGAACAACUUAAGAUCACACUUUGGAAUGAGGAAGUGUUCUUAGAAAAUGUGGAGUUAAUUCUAGAAGCUUUUGAUUAUCUAGAACUUCCAUUUGCUCUAAAGCAAGGUCGGGUUGGGAGGCUAAGCAUUAGAAUUCCUUGGAAAAAGCUUGGGUGGGACCCUAUUAUAAUAAUUUUGGAGGAUAUAUUAGUUUGUGCCUCUCAACGUGAGGAUGAAGAGUGGAGUGUUGAUGAUGUUGAAAGACGAGAAUUUGCUGGAAAAAAGGCCAAACUUGCUACAGCAGAAUUGGCAAAGUUAUCGCAACGUGUGUGUGAUAAUGAUAAUCAAACUGGGAAAUCAUUUAUUUCAUACAUUACUGCGAAGAUUAUUGAUGGCAUUCAAGUCACCAUCAGGAAUGUACAUGUCGUAUAUAGAGAUAUUUCCAGUGACAAGGCACAAACUGUAUUUGGUUUGAAGUUGGCUAGUUUGACUGCACUGAAACAAAAUCUUGUUGGGGUAUUAAGUGGAAAGGUGAGAGCUGGCCAAGUAAACAAACUUGUUGAGAUACAAGGUUUGGAAAUCUACUGUAAAACGUUUCAUGGAUCUGCUGAAGAUCUGUAUACCAACAAUGGUGAAGACUCCAUGUCAAUGGUUGCUGCAAGCUUUCAAAAUGAUGAACAUGUUCACUUGUUGUCCCCAGUGGAUGUUUCUGCUUCUCUUUCGGUGAACAGGUCUGGAAGGCUCGAGAAUAAUGCAGCACAAUACUCGGUUGAUAUCGAGUUAUCUGGCUUGGUUUUGUCCCUUGAUGAAGAUCAAUUGCAGCAAAUACUGUAUCUGUAUGAUUAUCUAUGCAUCUGUCGGCUAAGAGAGAAAUAUGGACGAUAUCGCCCUUGGGGGAUACCUAUAUCAGAUAGACCUUUGGGGUGGCAGAUACAAUGGUGGCAUUAUGCUCAGAACUCUGUGUUGUCUGAUGUUCGUAAAAGAAUGAAGAAAACUUCAUGGAAAUACCUAGGAGAACGUCUAGGCAGAAAAAGACGAUAUGUUAAGUUGUACAAGUUGAAACUGGAAUGUCUUCGAAAAGAGCAGCCUCUGGAUGAUGAAAUUGUUUUGGAGUUAGACCAAAUGGAGAAAGUAUCUGAUAUAGAAGAUAUCUUGAGUUACAGGUCUGCUGCUGAACAUGAGCUUCAGGAGUUCUUGGUGGAUUCAGCUUCUGGUUUUGGAAAUAGUGAAGCAAAUACUACCAUUGACAAGUCAAUGGAUGAUGACCAAACAUCUGGAAAACCACAAGGAUGGUUGAAGUGGCUUUCCCGUGGUAUGUUGGGGGCUGGAGGUACAGAUGAUUCCAGCCAGUUUUCUGGUGUUGUUUCAGAUGAAGUAAUUAAGGACAUUUAUGAGGCAACAAAGUUUCAUCCUGCACCUUCCCCUGUUCUUGAUGCUGCUGGAAGUGAUAGACUUCUUUUGUCCUCCAUUAAAUGCUCUAUACAUCAAAUUUCUGCAACUCUGCGCAAUAAGGAUCUGGAUUGUGCUAUUGGUGAACUGGUUUUUGAGGAGAAUCUUGUGGAGUGCAUGAUUUGGGAGGAAUCUGCUGUUGUUACUGCAUCAAUCAAUGGUGUUGAGAUGAUUAAUUCAUUAAACAAGCAAGUCGUUUUACGUGUGAAAAGGGCCAUCUCUGAGGAGAAUUUUAUUCAAGUGGAGAAGCCGGCUCUAAAUAUCCAAGCUUACAUACCACAAGCAAAUCGUGAGGGUGACUUGACAUUGAAGGUUUUGCUUGAGCCGAUUGAAAUGACAUGUGAUCCAACAUAUCUUGUUAAUUUUGUGGAGUUAUAUACUGUGUUGGCUUCCUUUCAAUCUCAUGAAGGAAGGGUCCUAAACUCGCUUAAUGGGAUAAAAGACAUGAAGUCACGUCUAAUAUCGAAAGCCGAAUACAUGUUGUCAGGUCGGAAGAGAAUGAUGUGGGAUAUUAGUUUAAUAAACAUCAAGAUAAUUAUUCCCUGGGAGAAUGGGAAGUCAGAGAUACAUAAAUUGGUACUUGGAUCAACAGCUGUCACCUUUUCAUCCAAGCAUGAUGUUAACUGUUUUGCACCAGAUAUCAACGUACCUUCUCAAUUCAUGAGGAAUUUAAUAGAUGACAAUUCUUCAAGUGAGCUUCUAGAAGGAACUCAGAUUCAAGAUCUGUAUGAUCUCUUGGAAAUUAAAUUAGUCGACUUCCAGAUAAACUUGUUUGUGCCAUUCUAUCCUCAUUAUUUUCCUAUUCUGGAAAACCUCAAUGCUUCUUCUGCUUUAGCAUUGUGCAUUGUUCAGGAUGAAUCAUUACUGAAAGCAAUGGAGGUUUAUGUAGUGGUGGCACCUUUUUUGGGACACGUGUCACCAUCAAUACUUGGUUCAGUUUUGAAACUAGUUGAAACCAUCGACAUGCUCCAUCAUGCUUCACACCUGGGCACCAUGUCAGAAUCAAAUAAACCAAACAACUUUAGCAGUGUCUCUGUUGUUGCCAAUUUGGAGUCUGGUAGCUUCAUUGUUGACCUUGAAAAUAGCUUAGAGGAAAGCUGCACAUUAACUGUUUCUCUUCAGGACUUGGAUAUGAGAUUGAUUACUAUGAAACACACACAAUCUAUCUGGAUAUGUACACGGGCUUUUAAAGUAACGACUCGUUUGUUGAAAAAUAGCGAUGACAUGGACCUUAUAAAUGUUUCACCUAAUGGGUUAAGCCAACUUAAUAAUGGGUGCCUCAUGUUACAUUAUGAUGGUGAUUUGAGCAUAUGGUUGACAGAUCUUGAUCUUCAUUGCUAUCCACAUAUUAUUGGAUUGCUGAUUGAAUUUUUCGAUAAGCUACCAGAAUAUAGCCCUUCACAUUCACAUGAUGACAAAAAUCAAGAAUUUGUGGGAAGUAACAGUAUAAGUAACAGUAACAGUGUCCUCUCAGAUCUCUUCUUAGCCUCGAGAGUUCACUUAUUAACAUCAAUCCAGACUGGAAGAAGAAGCAUUAGACUACACCUGCAUGACUCUUCAUCCAUUGUUGCAUCUUUUACACUUCCUACUGCUAAAUCUUCUAUUUCCAUCCAUGAAAGCUGUCUGGAUGUGUUGUUUUCAACUGAGGGAUUGAGCCUUUCAUCACAAUGGUUUCCUCAGACUCUACAAGACUCUCUGUGGGGCCCUGCUUCACUCAAUCUUUCACCCGUUAUCAACAUUCGAGUGAGAAAAGGGAAUCAUGGAAUGGAACUAGAUUUUAGUAUUCAGAAUGUUUCAUGCAUGUUGCCAACUGAAUUUCUAGCUGUACUCAUUGGUUACUUCUCAAUGCCUGAUUGGAACUCGAAUGCAAAAGAGUCAUCUGGUAUCGAUUAUUCCAAGGACACAGAUAGCUUUCCUUUCACUUACAAUUACAAGUUUGAGAUAUUGGACUCUGUUUUGUUUACACCUGUGGCUAAUGCUGAUUACCAGUUUCUAAAGCUUAAUAUUCCACAGCUCUACUUCACUUUUAUUGAGAAUAGUGAUUCAGACAUUCUAUUAAAAGAAAUCCCUUUGGAGUGUUCUGUUCCACCUGGAUUUAUUGGAGAUCAAAAUUAUUGUCUAAAUGUAUUUGGGAGGGAUUUAUCUCUACAUCAUAUUCUUUGGAAAGACAAUGCUUCUGAAGUGACAAGUGUCAGCAUAAUUGCUCCUUUUAGUGGCGAUAUAUGGAUCACAAUACCAUAUGGAUCUGAUUCUCCUUCUGCAACAUGUAUGAUGUCAAAGGUUAAUAAAUGUCAAUUUAUUGUCCAAGGAAGUGAAGUACUUGGCUGCUUUGAUGCAUUGCUAGAUGUCAUUGACCAGUUCACAUCUGUUGAAAAUCUAUCCAUGUGUUUUACUUCUGAUGUUUCAGAGUUUCUCAAGUCAAAAGACAGUUUUAAAGAAAAUAAUGUGCUUCAAGUUCCUAUUGAACCUUCAAGUGUCAGCUUCACAGAAAUCAGAUGCUCUGUUCAAUCCAUGUCAGUAGAACUCUACUCUGACAAGAUACAAUUGAAUGCUAACGAACAUAUCGCCAAAACUGACAUGAAAUUCACAUGUUCAGUAUCAUUAAAAAACGAAAAGCCUCUUUCUCUUGAUGUAUCAUUCACUUGUUUGACACUUUCUUCAAUGCUUACCUCUGUUGUCUUACUGGAAUGCACAUCUUGUACCAAAAAAGUACCAGUUCUUUACAUGAAACUCUUGAUGUCAGAUGAAGGUGAAAACCAUCUUCGAUUCUCCCUUCCUUGUGUCAGCAUUUGGUUAUUUUUGCCUGAAUGGAGUCAAGUUGUUGACCUUGUCAAUUCUUGCUAUGAAAAUCUUCCCAAAACUGCAAUCCAGAAUGAGGAACCAGAAAAAUCCAUUUCAGAGCCAGUUUCUCGUGUUGAUACUGCAGAAAACUCGCCUCAAUCUAUCAGCGUCUCCAGUUUUUUAUCUCCAGAAGAUCGGUUUUCAUUAACUGUGAAGUCGGAUCAUAUUGGUAUAAAAAUCCGUGUUCCUGUUCAGGUUUCUGGAGAAGCAUUUAAAUAUUUUGGAGCACCUCAAGUUCGAGAGCAGAAUUCCUUUGUUGGAAGAGAUGAUGGAAGUUUUCUAUAUAUUUAUUUGCAAAGUAGGUGCACUGAGGCGAACAUCGAUGGCGAAAAAGUAAAAUUGAAGUCCAAUCUGGGCAAAGCAAUGGGAACAGUUGAACUAUUUCAGAACAAGAGUGUCCAUUCUUGGCCCCUUUUUCAGUUAUUGGAAAUUGAUAUAGAAGCCGAAGCUGGUAAUGAUGAUAUGGAUCUCAUGCAUUUGAAGACAGAGGUUCACUGUGAUAAUCUAGAUGUUUGGCUUUCACAUCACACAUUUUACUUGUGGCCAACAACGCCAGAAGAUUCCGGAUCUUCUCAGCUUUCAGUUGGCAGUGUAAAUUUCAGAUUUCACUUACGAAAGGUUUCCAUUCUUUUGACAGAUGAAAAGUGGAGCUCCAAUGGUCCUCUACUAGAGAUUCUUAUGGGAAGCUUGUUGUUUCAUGGUGUCAUUACUGCAAAUGUGAUGGAAGGAUGGGUUGAUAGUGAGCUUCAAGUGAACUACAAUAACAUUCAUAAGGUGUUAUGGGAGCCUUUCCUUGAACCCUGGAAGUUCCAAGUAAGCUUAAGAAGAGAGCAAGGAAAAAGCGCCCUCCAAAACAGCCCAGUCAUGACAGAUGUUCAUCUCGAGUCAACAAUGAAUCUCAAUAUCAAUGUUACAGAAUCCUUCAUUGAGGUUGCUUUCAGAACAUUUGAUAUGGUUACGGAUGCUUGGGAUCUCAUGAGUCUGAAUGUUUUUCCUGAAAACUCACGAUUAACAGCAGCAGCUCACACCAGUGAAAAUACAAAUACACUAGCCAGCAGAUACGCCCCUUACACACUCGAAAACUUAACUUCACUCCCUCUAGUGUUUUACAUUUCCAAAGCUGAUGGUUUCAAUAUAUUGAAAGAUGGAAAAUACGUGCAGCCUGGUUCUUCAUAUCCAGUGUACAUUGAUGAUAAUACAGAUGAACAAACCUUUGGCUUUAAACCUAGCCAUUCAACUGACAAUCUAGGAGACAAAAAAUUCGCUGAUGCACAGCAUCAUUUUAUAGUUAUUCAGCUUGAAGGAACUUCCACUUUGUCAGCUCCUGUUUCUAUCGAUCUUGUUGGUGUUAGCUUCUUUGAGGUGGAUUUUUCCAAUUCAGUUGACAAUUCCAGGGAUACUUCUAAAGGUGUCAAUAGUGGCUAUGUUGUUCCUGUAGUAAUUGAUGUUUCAGUUCAACGAUACACAAAGUUAGUCCGAUUAUACUCAACAGUCAUACUCACAAAUGCAACAACAAUGCCAUUUGAAGUCAGAUUCGAUAUCCCAUUUGGUGUAUCUCCCAAGAUUCUGGACCCUGUAUAUCCAGGACACCAGUUUCCUCUUCCUCUACAUUUAGCAGAAUCAGGUCGGAUAAGAUGGCGUCCAUUAGGGAACACUUACCUAUGGAGUGAAGCUUAUAGCAUUUCCAAUAUUCUUUCUAAUGAAAGUAAGAUUGGACAUUUGAGGUCAUUUGUCUGCUACCCUUCUCUUCCAAGUAGUCAUCCUUUUCGUUGCUGUGUGUCUGUGCAUGAUGUGUGUUUGCCUUCUGCUGGGACUGGGAGGGUAAACAAGGGAUCAAAUUUAUAUAUUCAUGAUGCUAUUGCUGACAAGAUUGAGAACCAGGAUCAGUCAAAUAAGAGGUGCAUUCACCUGAUUACAUUAAGUAAUCCUUUAAUAGUGAAAAAUUAUUUACCAGUUCAAGUAUCUGUCAUGAUUGAGAGUGGUGGAGUUUCACGUAGCAUGCUGCUUUCAGAGGUUGAAACUUCUUUUUAUCACAUUGAUUCUUCACAUGAUCUUUCGUUAACUUUUGAUAUACGUGGCUUUAGACCUUCUGUUCUGAAGUUCCCACGCGCAGAAAAGUUCAGUGAAAUUGCUAAAUUUAGUGGAACAAAGUUUUCUUCUUCAGAAUCCAUUAACUUCACUGCUGACAUUUCUAAAGGUCCAUUAUAUGUGACAAUGGAAAAGGUGAUGGAUGCAUUCUCUGGGGCUCGUGAAAUCUGCAUAUUUGUUCCCUUCUUAUUGUACAACUGCUGUGGCUUUCCCCUCACGAUUGCAAACUCAACUAAUGAUCUGACAAUGCGCGACACCUUGCCUUCCUGUUAUGAUUUAGAUGAAGAGGACCCGUUUUUGGGCAAAAAAGAUGGUCUGAGCCUUUUGUCUGCAAACCAAAUCUUAAACAAUGAUGGUAUGACUAUGAGGAGGUUUCCCCUAAACAAUAACCUUGUUUCCACUAGAAAGGAAUCUUUCAGUUCAUCUAAGAAGAAUAUUAGCACACAAUAUGAUGAGGAAAAAAGCUUAGUUUCAAACAACCAACAGAUUGACUUGGAUGAAACGAGUCGCAAAAAAGUCAACUUUCGCAUGUAUUCUCCUGACCCUAAUAUUGCUUCAAGUGAGAUCAUGGUGAGAGUUAGUCGGUCCCACUCUGACUCUGAUGUGGCAAGUACCUCAAACUACACGUGGUCUAGUGAAUUCUUCCUUGUCCCACCAACCGGUUCAACUACAGUCCUUGUCCCCCGAUCAUCAGCCAAUUCUUCAUAUGUAAUAUCUGUUGCAUCUAGUGCUAUUUCUGGGCCAUAUUCUGGAAGAACAAGGAUUAUCAAUUUUCAGCCUAGAUAUGUUAUUAGUAAUGCAUGCAGUAAGGACUUGUGUUACAGGCAGAAAGGGUCCGACUUUAUAUACCAUUUGAAGGUGGGACAACACUCCCAUAUUCAUUGGACAGACAUAACAAGGGAAUUACUGGUCUCUGCUCGUUUUGAUGAGCCUGGAUGGCAGUGGUCAGGGUGUUUCUUUCCGGAACAUUUAGGUGAUACACAAUUGAAAAUGCGAAACCAUGUUACUGGUGCUGUAAGUAUGGUUCGUGUAGAGGUUCAAAAUGCUGACGAUGCAAUCAGAGAUGACAAGAUUGUUGGGAAUCCACAUGGAGAUUCUGGGACCAAUUUGAUUCUUUUAUCUGAUGAUGAUACCGGAUUUAUGCCUUACAGGAUUGAUAAUUUCUCAAAGGAGAGACUACGUAUUUAUCAACAAAAAUGUGAAGCUUUUGAGACUGUUAUACAUUCCUACACAUCUUGCCCUUAUGCAUGGGAUGAACCUUCUUACCCACAUCGUCUAACUGUUGAGGUGUUUGCUGAGAGGGUAGUAGGAUCUUAUACUCUUGAUGAUGCCAAAGAGUACAAACCUGUGGUUUUACCUUCAACAUCUGAGAAACCUGAGAGAAGGUUGUUAAUAUCUGUCCAUGCUGAAGGUGCAUUGAAGGUUCUCAGCAUCAUUGAUUCUAGUUAUCAUAUCUUUGAUGAUAUAAAAAUCUCGCGAUCUCCUAGGUUAACUGAUAAAAGAGAAGAUGACCAAAAGCAAGAAAGUUGUGUUCUUUACAAAGAAAGAUUAUCAGUUUCCAUUCCCUUCAUUGGAAUUUCUGUUAUGAGUUCUCAACCACAGGAGUUACUUUUUGCAUGUGCAAGGAACACAAGCAUUGAUCUAGUUCAAAGUUUGGAUCAGCAAAAGUUUUCCUUGAAAAUUUUUGCUUUGCAGAUUGAUAACCAACUACCAACCACACCUUACCCUGUUAUUUUAUCUUUUGAUCAUGAGUAUAAACAAAUGGGGACCUCUCAAAUCAAAAGUAAAGAUGCUUCAUGUGAGCCUGUGUUCUCAUUGGCUGCAGCAAAAUGGAGGAAUAAAGAUAGAGCUUUGCUUUCGUUUGAGCAUAUAAACUUAAAAAUGACAGAUUUUCAUCUUGAGCUUGAGCAAGAUGUGAUUUUAAGUCUGUUUGACUUGUUUAAGGCAGUAUCCUCAAGGUUCCAUAGCAGAGGAAUGCCACAUAUGGAUUCAGUCCUGCUGCCUCUUUCCUCAAACUUGAGUGUUAAUAAUAAGAAGAGUAAAUUUUCAGAGACUGAAAAGGCAGAAGGUGGGGAUCUUGUUAACAAUGAAAGCUUCCCUUUAUUACCAUCGAUAGUGCCAAUUGGUGCACCUUGGCAGAAAAUAUAUCUCCUUGCAAGAAAACAGAAGAAAAUAUACGUUGAACUGCUUGAAGUGGCCCCCAUCACUUUGACCCUAAGCUUUUCCAGCAGUCCGUGGAUGCUAAGGAAUGGAAUACUUACAUCAGGAGAAUUUCUUAUCCAUAGAGGUCUAAUGGCUCUUGCUGACGUGGAGGGAGCACGGAUUCAUCUGAGGCGGUUAACAAUUUCUCAUCAGCUGGCUAGCUUGGAAUCCAUACGAGAGAUCUUGAUCAUACAUUACACACGCCAACUUCUUCAUGAAAUGUACAAGGUUUUUGGGUCUGCUGGUGUAAUAGGAAAUCCCAUGGGUUUCGCAAGGAGUGUGGGAGUUGGCAUCAAAGAUUUCCUCUCAGUUCCAGCCAGAAGCUUUAUGAAGAGUCCAGCAGGACUCAUCACAGGCAUGGCACAGGGAACUACUAGUCUUCUUAGUAAUACAGUUUAUGCCAUAAGUGAUGCUGCCACCCAAGUCAGUAGAGCAGCGCAUAAGGGUAUUGUUGCCUUUACAAUGGACGACGACCCAUCUGCAUCAGAAAUGGAAAGGCAAUUAAAAAAGGGGAUGUCGUCUCAUGGCAAAGGUGUAAUAAAUGAAGUUUUGGAAGGGCUGACUGGUCUUCUCCAAUCGCCAAUAAGAGGAGCUGAAAAACACGGGCUUCCAGGAGUCCUCUCAGGUAUAGCCCUGGGAGUAACCGGACUAGUGGCAAGGCCGGCUGCAAGCAUUCUGGAAGUAACAGAAAAAACCGCACGCAGCAUACGAAACCGAAGCAAACUCUACCACAUGGGGUCCCAACGCCUCCGAGUCCGUCUCCCAAGACCAUUAUCCCCAAACCACCCCUUAAAACCCUACUCAUGGGAACAAUCCAUCGGCAUCUCCGUAAUCAUCAAUUCUGACAACACCUUAAAUGACGAAACCCUAGUCCUCUCCAAAUCCCUAAAACAUGGGGGUAAAUUUGUAAUUAUCACCCAACGACUUAUUCUAAUCGUCACCUCCGCCAGUCUCGUAAAUUUAGGUAAACCGGAGUUUAAAGGUGUCCCGGCGGAUCCCGAUUGGGUGAUUGAAGCGGAGAUAAGGUUGGACAGUGUGAUUCAUGUGGAUGUUGAUGAGGAGGUGGUGCAUAUUGUUGGGAGUAGUUCGGAUGUGGUGGUCAGACAAAAUGUCAACCGGGGUGGUGGUGGUGGGAAGCAGCGGUGGUAUAACCCACCGACACCGUUGCCGCUGUUUCAGACGAAUUUGGAGUGUUUGGGGAAGGAGGAGGCGGGGGAGUUGUUGAAGGUGUUGUUGGUGACGAUUGAGAAAGGUAAGGAGAGAGGGUGGGGGUGUGUCCAUCGUUUGCAUCAGAGUAGUGUUAGGUGAUACCCUUGUAUAUUUGUUGUAGAUUUUAGGUUAAAGAUGGAAAAAUCAUAAAAGCUAACAUUAGGAGAAAUAUUAUAUACGGAAAAAAGGAAACAACUGAUUUUAAUUUUUUUUUAGCAGGUGUUAUCAUUGUAUUUUAUCAUGGUAGAUCAAUUAUCUAUGAUAAGGGGGGUUGAAGUGAAUUUAUUAUUAUUAUUAUUAUUUUUUA